AUGUCGGCCAAGAUGCCCAAGUCGGGCAAGGGCAAGGCCGCCGCGACGUCCGACGAGUCGUGGUACGACAAGCAGAAGCGAGAGAACCCCGACUUCUUGGAGAAGCGCGCCAGGGAGGCGAGAGAGGCACGCGCUGCAAAGAAGGCGGCGACGACGACUGCGGCUGCUCCUGCGCCGGCGCCGGCACCGAUGGCAACUGACGCUGGGACCGCCAUGAGCCCGGGCUUCUUCGCGCGUCACAUGCCCAGCGUGUUUGGCAGCAAGGCGCCGGCCGAAAACAGCUCCAGUGCCGCUGGCUCGAGCUCGGCGGCAGCAGCCAACGCGGCCGACGCUGCAUACGCUGUCAGCGACGACGUGCCGGCGUGCCAGCGCUGCUGGGAGCAGCUCAGCGCGAGCGAGCGCGUCACAGCUGCCACGCUCGGCUUCGUCCAGUGGUCGUGGGACGCGAGCGUCAUGGACCUGGACAACGACAUCGAGCCGAGGAUCGACAUCUACUCCAAGAAGACGCUGAGCGCUCGACGUCAACGCGCGAAGGACCUGGACCUGGCCGGCCUGCUCAUCCACGAGGCUCACGCGGUCCUCGGCAUGCGGCUGCACAACCCUGUCGACAUGACCAUGGCGCAGCGCGAGGGACCGAUCGACGACGCGGAGUUGGAGCCGUGCUUCCUCGUGCGCGGCGUCUUCGAGUCGAUGGGCAAUGAAGAACGCGAGCGCUACACGGCGACGCGCUGGGUGCCGCUCGAAGAGAUGACCUCGCUGAUGUACGACUUCGACGAGAACGAGCGCGGCGAGCUCUUCGAGAGCUACGCCGCCGGCGCCGACGCUUUCAUCGAAACGGUGGCCCGCCUCGUCGAGGCGGCGCGAGUCAAAGUUGGCGCCGCGGAACGUGCAGCUUCGCCGGCGUCGCCUGGCUCGCGCUCGACGCGCAGCUCGCCAGGUGCAUCCUCCGACAAGGCGCUCGGCAAGCGGAAGGCACGCAAGUAG